AUGUCUACAAAUUCAAAGGAUAGCUCUAAAGCUAACACCAACACGACUGCUUCUACCGCCCCUACCUCUGUCUCAACCCAUGCAUCUAGUGGUCCGCGCCGAAGGAAACACCAGGUGGAUGUUGAAAAGCCAUCAUCUGAUUUGAUGUCCGGCCCGGAGAAGAAGAAGAAGAAGAAAGCCGAUCCCAAAGCAAAACUCGGUACUAAGGAAAAGUCUGAUACCAAAGUCAAGACAGAUCCGAAGAAAAAGGUAGACGUGAAGGGAAAGGAAGACAAGAAGAAGCAAGCGGAGCCGAAGAAAAAGGCAAAUUCUCAGGCAAAUACAGAUCCUAAAGCCAAGGAAGACCCCAAAGCAAAGACAGACUCGAAGAAGAAGGCGGCUGCGAAGAUGGAAGACACAAGGGAAAGGACAGAAACGAAAAAGAGAGACAAUGGAAAGAAGAAGGAUAAGGCCAAGAGAAAGGCAGACAUCUUGAAAAAGCUCGAGAGGAGGGAAGAGUUAAUUUCCUCAGAGUCAGAAGAAUACGCGACUUACGACUUGCAUUCAGACUCGGGUUCAGACUUUGAAGCAAAGGAAAUAUCUCCCUGGGACCCGAGUCCUCGCAAGAUUCUCGACGUCGCUGAUUUGGAUCUCAAUAAAUCAUACAUUCCUGAUAUCCCUCCCUUCUCCACAGUGGUAGCAAGACCACCCAGGCAACAGAGGUGGAUCCAUCCCGGACGGACACCUUUGACAAACGUCAAGGAUCUACCGGAAGGCUGGAAUUCCAAGGAGCCUGAUCUCAGCGAGCAUGACGUUGAUGCUCAAAUCAAGAGAUGCAAAGAGCGCAUCGUGGAUAAUAUCAUGCCCCAAGUAUUUGAACAGCGAUUGAUAGAGUUUCAAGAGGUGAAGAAAUACCGAAAAUCGCUGUACAAAGGGGAGCCCUCCCAUCUUAGCUGGGAGGUUAUACAACGCAUCGAUGCACUGAAAGGCAUACGAAAGGAUAUUUUGAAAGAGGACAAACAUGAGCAGCUUUCUAAUUCCGACGCUAUUUUGGAUGCGUACCGGAAGGGAAAGUUGACUCGAAAUGCUGGACGCACGCGGCUUGUCACCUACUGGUCGAAGGGAGUUCAGCUCAGUCAACCACGCCCGUUUGACUGGGAUGAAUUUGACGCGAUCAAUGACCUUCAUAAGGGUGAAAAAUCUUUCUGGGUCGAAGAUUUUAUGCAUGCGAUACAUGGAUUAGAUGAAGGCGCCAAUGCGAUGGUAGUCAUACCUGAGAACGAAUCUUGUGUUAAUGCUAAUGUGUACCAACCUGCCCUCCGCAUACCAGGAUAUAAUUAUUGGGACGAGAUGAACAUGAUCUGGGAUACCGGUGCAGGGUAUAUGAGACUCUAUGAGGGAGAUCUUAUUACGAUCACCGGUUCGCAACGACCCGAGAAUCGUCCAAUUAGGAUUUUGGGCUGGGCCAGAUCUGUAGCAGGUGACGGGCACGUAACUAAUACUCCUGCGGUUGCAAUCGAAGUGACUCUCCGUAACAACAGGGGCAAAUUAAUGUCGCCUUGGGUCAGAACGGCCGCAUGUGUUCAGCCGGGCUUUUAUCUACCGGGAAGAAGCAGUCGAUUGGAUGGCCCGUGGCUUCGGUAUAGCUUGUACGCUGGAAUUGCACCAGAUGGUCGUUGCGAAGUAAUUUUCGCUACUUCUAGGUCCGAACUUGGGAUGCGAAGAAUAGGAUUUGAAGACAGACAUGAUCCUCGAGAUCCUCCCUUGCAUCAAAUAGAAGGAGCUAUCAAAGAGAUGCCUCUUGGUCCAGUACCAACGGGACUAAGGGAACGGGGGACCAGAGUCUUGCCAGAGCCGGGUUUCAGAGUCCCACCGACACGGGAACGAGAAAGUUACGUCCCGGGGACUGCGUGA